AUGAACAUCGACGGCGUUACGCGCCGGGUACUGGUGGACACCGGCUGUACCGAUGUGCUGGUGUGCCGCGCGUGCUGCGGUCAGUACCAAGCAACGCAGACGACGUCCCUGCGAGUGGCCAACGGCAGCGCGAUGCCGUGCGUCGGCGAGACGGCGCUGACGGUGACCUACCAGGGGCGGCGAGUAACGCUCCCCGCACUGGUGGUGCCGGCGAGACCGUUGGGCUUCGACGUUGUGUGGGGGAUGACAGGUGUGCGUGCCCUGGGCGGCGUGCAGGUGGGCGCCACGGGGGAAGUGGCGGUGUGUGCAGCGGUAGCGGCGAGGGUAGUGGACCGUCCGGCGGAGAUGACGGUGACCGCCGCUGAUUUUGAGGCACAUUUUGAUGGACAGGUAUGGACGGUCGAGUGGAAGUGGGCGGACGGGGUGGGUCCGGCCCGGUUGAGGAAUACGACGCCACAGUAUGCGGUGCCGGCGGCUGCGCGCGCGGAGUACGAGGCGGAGCUGGCCCUCUGGAUCAGAGAGGGUUGGCUGGUGCCGUACGACGCGGCAUCUCGCGGAGCAGCCCGCGGUCUCAUCCCGCUGAUGGCUGUGCCGCAACCGCACCAGGGCAAGGUGCGGCCUGUGCUCGACUACCGGGAGCUCAAUGGGUACGUGUCGGCCCACACCGCUGACGCGGACGUGUGCGCCACCCAGCUUCGUCGCUGGCGGCGCCACGGCUCGCGGGUGGCAGCGGUGGACCUGCGCAAGGCCUAUUUGCAGCUACGGUUGUCGGAGCACCUGUGGCCCUAUCAGACGGUGGAGAUCGGGGGGCAGCGCUACUGCUUGACCCGCGUUGGUUUCGGCCUGAAUGUAGCACCUUCGGUGAUGAAGGCCGUGGUCCAGGCGGUGUUAAGUCGGGAUGCGAACGUGGCGCGUGCAGUGGUGCCCUACGUGGACGACCUGCUGGUGGAUGAGUCGAUCAUCAGCGCCGAACGCGUAGUGGACCACUUCACGCGUUACGGUCUGGAGUGCAAGCCGCCAGUGCGCGCGGCGGACGGAGCUCGGUUCCUGGGGCUUCGUGUGGACGCGAAUUCCAGCACCGGCAGCCACGUGGGUCAGGUGGCCGCGCGGAUCAAGUUGGCCGACCCGGCGACCGGACCGUGGUGUGUGACGGGCGAGAGUCUGGUCGUCUGUACGGACGCUAGCUCCCUAGCCGGUGGCGUGGUUCUCAUGGACGCCACCAGUGGCGGUAUCAUUGAGGACGGCAGCUGGCUGCGCCCUGAAGCACAGGCCGCGCUACACAUCAACAUGGCGGAGCUGGAUGCUGCUCUGAGCGGCGUCAAUCUAGCUAUUGCGUGGGGAGCGACUACCAUCGAGCUCCGCACCGAUUCGGCCACCGUGGCCAAGUGGAUUGACGACGCUCUGAGCGGCCGGUCGCGGCUGAGAACAAAGGCGCACGGGGAGAUGCUCAUCCGUCGGCGAAUUGACGUCAUCCGGCAGCUGGUACUUGAGUAUCACCUGUCGAUGACUGUCAAGUUGGUCCGCUCUGCGGACAACCCGGCGGACGAGCUGACCCGCGUGCCACAGUCCUGGCUGCGUGAGGCGUCCGCAGCAGACGAGGCGCGUGACCGCCUGGAGGUGUCCCGGGACUGGGACAGGUUGGCGGUGGACGUGGUGCACGUGAGAGAUGCUAAGUUCCUGACGGUGAUCGACUGUGGGCCCUCACGUUUCGCGCUCUGGAAGCAUCUGGAGCGGGCCACGGCGCAAAACGUGUGCACGGCGCUGGAGGCGGUGUUCCUCGAGCAUGGCGCGCCGCGGGAGAUACUACUGGACAACGCGACGGAGUUCCGAGGCGGAACGAUGGCGGCACUGACCGCCAGGUGGGAUAUUCAACUCCGAUUCCGAGCGGUGUACGAGGCCGGCGGCAACGGUAUCGUGGAGCGAAUGCACCGUACCAUCAAGGUGAUGGUGGCACGGUCGGGCUGCUCGGUGGCAGAAGCUGUCCAUCGAUACAACCAUGUGCCGCGCAGCCGCGAGGACGCCGACUCCGCUCCGGCAGCCCGCCGGUUCAAGCGACCCGGCCGUGAUGAAGGGGACGACUUCACCGACGUGGUCCGGCCUGCGCAGCCCCAGCUCGAGACGGCGCAGCCGGCUGUGGAGCAGCAGUGCGUGUCUCCACCGCCCACGACGCCAACGCCACCACCGGACGAGGACGCGUCGACUCAGUGUAGUGGGGUCGAUGGGGACAGCCGAGCCGAUGGAGUUACUGAGGUAGGACCGCGUGAACAGGUCGAGCUACUGGCGAACGUGAGCGAGACAGUCAGCGACUGA